AUGACCGCCCUCUCCGGUCCGACGUUCGGGUUGGACGCGAGCGAGGAGCUCGACGUCAUGGACGGCCUAUUUUUCAACGAGCUCUCGGACCUGCCGGUCGAGCCGGGCUCGGCGAAGAUGUACGGCUCGUCCGGGCCCCAGCCAGUCGUCGACACGCCGAUCACCGACGAGGAGCUCAUCGGCGCGCGCGCGGCGUCCGGAACGGGGGCGUCGCUGCCGCUGCCCAGCGAGAAGGAGUCGAAGCCCAAGGCCAAGGCGGCCGCGGGGUCGAAGCCGAAGGACGCGGCGGACCUGUCGGAGACGCGGCGCGCGCGGAACCGGGAGCACGCGCGGCGGUCGAGGUGUCGGAAGAAGCUCAUCAUCGAAUCGCUGCAGCAGUCGCUCGUCGCGUACCAGGGCGAGAACGAGCGGCUCCGCGAGUUCGUGCGCGAGAAGCUCGGCGCCGAGGCGGCGGCGCCGAGCCUCGAGUACUGCGCGGCGCAGUCCAAGGGCGACGGCGACGCCGAGGGCGAGGCGUCGCUGAGCGAGCGCGGCGAGCGGACGCGCGCGAUCAACAACGUCCCCGACGUGCAGAAGCUGCACUACGAGGACAUCGUCAUCAAGGUCGCCUGUGUGGGCCACUACGACCCGGACAUCGGCAACAACACGGGGCCCUACACGCACCUCGGGAACAUGUGCGUCGACUACAUCUUCGACGGCCAGUUCCACGCCUGCGGCCACGGCCCAGCACCCGGCAUCUUCUUCUCCGACAUCUACCCCAUCGCGCUCGCGAAGGCGGACCCGCUCACCGGCCGCCGCUACACGCGGGCCGAGCUCAAGGCCCAGUUCGAGCGCAAGAUCCGCGCCAAGGGCCUCGACCCCGACGACGUCCUCCGCCAGUACUACGCGUGCAUCGACAAGGUCAUCGAGGAGGCCGGCAUCCAGCACGUGCCUCGCUUCGCCUACGGCCAGGCCGCCUUCGACCACCUCCAGGAGCGCGGCGUCGGCGUCGUCCGCCGCAUCAUGCACCCCGAAGGCGCGAAGAACCUCUCCCACGGCGAGGCGGCCAAGAUCAUGGAGGCCGUCGCCAACGGCGAGGAGGCCAAGAACUUCUUCGGCAUCCCGGGCCUGCCGCUGUGCGAGGAGUCGGACGCGUCGACGUCCGAGCUCUUCAGCAUCCUCUGGGACAUCGAGAUCAGCGUCAUGUUCUACGUCGACGCCUUCAACGGCCAGGCCGACGCCAUCAACGCGCUCCGCGAGCUCCAGUCCAAGGCCCAGAAGGCGUUCUGGGAGCAGCUCUCGACGGGCAAGAAGAUCCGCCGCCUCUCGACGCUCUGCGCGGUCGACGCGGACGCCUUCUUCGACGCGAUGCAGGUCGAGCUCAAGGACGACGCGGCGCUCGAGGAGCUCGACUACGCCCAGUUCCGCACCUUCCUCGGCGUCCACAUCAAGGCCGCGUGGGACGCGCUCCCGGAGAGCCAGAAGAUCCGCAGCCUCGCGACGCUCAACAAGGCCGGCGCGGACUUCGCGCGGGCCUACGGCGUCGACCUCGCGGACGACGAGGCGCUCGCGGGCAUCGGCUACGCCGCCUUCAAGUCGUUCCUGUCCCAGUUCUGCAAGGACAAGUUCGCGGCGCUCCCGGAGAGCCAGAAGAUCCGGCGCCUCGCGACGCUCCACAAGGCCGGCGCGGCCUUCUCCGACGCCUUCGGC